AUGGGAAACUUCAGUGCUGUCUCUGAGUUCAUCCUCCUUGGACUGUCUGCUGAUGCCCAGGUCCAAGCUGUUCUCUUUGUGCUGUUCCUUGUGAUCUACCUCCUGACCCUGACAGGGAACUCUAUGAUGCUGCUAGUGGUGAUGGCCGAUGCUUGCCUCCAUUCACCUAUGUACUUCUUUCUGGGUCACCUCUCUUUCCUAGAUCUCUGCCAUUCGUCAGUGUCUGUACCCAAGAUGCUAGAAAAUUUCAUGUCAAAGACCAAAACAAUCCCUGUGGGGGGUUGUCUGGCCCAGGCCUUCUUUGUGUUUGCCACAGGGGGCACUGAGGCAUUACUUCUGGCAGUCAUGGCCUAUGACCGCUAUGCAGCCAUUUGCCACCCUCUGCUCUAUGGCCAGAUGAUGAACAAUCGGCUCUGUGAGGGACUCGUGUGGGGCUCGUGGGGCCUGGCCAUAGUGGAUGCACUCAUCAACACGCUCCCAGCUGUGAAUUUGGACUUCUGUGACCAUAGAACCGUACACCACUACAAUUGUGAGCUUCCAUCCCUCUUCCUUCUAUCCUGCUCUGACGUCUCCACCAACAUUACUGUCUUGACCUGGUCUUUUGUUAUACAUGCCUUUGGCACCUUUCUCCUGGUCUUUUCUUCCUAUGGUUGUAUUGUCUCUACCAUCCUGAGCAUCAGCUCCACCACUGGCAGAAGCAAGGCCUUCUCCACCUGUUCCUCGCAUCUCACUGUUGUGAUCUUGUAUUUUGGCUCAUCCUGCCUACGCUAUCUCCUGCCAGCCUCUGGUUCUCCCUGGGAGUUAAUCUUUUCUUUGCAGUAUAGUGUCAUCACCCCCAUGCUGAAUCCUCUCAUCUAUAGCCUGAAGAACAAGGAAGUAAAGGCAGCUAUGAAGAAAAUGUUUGGAAAAUACUGCCAGUGA